CUCGUCCUUCCGUCUCUCUCCUUUUGCCAGUAGCUAUUCUGCUCGAUCGAUCAAUGGCUUACGGCAAGAGGUCGCGGCAGCAGCAGGCCGAUGAGGCGGCGUUCAGCCUGUUCGACAGCAGCGACAUGGCGCGCAUCCUGCUGCUCUUCUCCGGCGGCGGCGGUGGCGGCGCGGCAGCGUCGACGGCGGACGUGUCGUCGGCGCCGGAGCGGAUGUUCGAGUGCAAGACCUGCAGCAGGCAGUUCCCGUCCUUCCAAGCGCUCGGCGGCCACCGGGCCAGCCACAAGAAGCCCCGCCUGGCGGACGGCGACGCGGCCGCCGAGCCGGCCAGGCCCAAGGUGCACGGGUGCUCCAUCUGCGGGCUCGAGUUCGCCGUCGGCCAGGCGCUCGGCGGGCACAUGCGGCGCCACCGCGCCGUCAUGGCGGACGGCGUCGGGCUUGGCCUCAGCCUCGGCGUGGGCGUCAUCGGGCAGAACGACGACGACGACGGCGGCAAGAAGAAGGCCGCGCCCGCCGCCGAGCUGGUGUUCGACCUGAACGUGCCGGCGUUCGAGGAGGAGCCGGAUCGCACCAGGGCCAGGCCGGUGGGGCUCGCCGUUGACUUUCCCGUGGUGGUUGACUUCCCGUGCUAAUAUUAACACGGAGAUUUACUUCUCCAUACAAGUUUUGAAAUUAAUUAAUUUUACAAUUUACAUUAUACGCUGCCCGAGAAGUCAACCCUGGAACAUUAGUUAGAGAGAUUCCGUCUUACAUAUUUUUUUCCCCUGGAAAUGUAUUCGGAUGGUUAAUGCUUCCAGGGUCUAUAUAUUGUAUUGUUUGACUUAUCGCGGUAUCUUCCUGUAUUUUUAUUCUCUCACAUUACUUUCGGGAAAUUUUUUUCCUGGACUUUGUGGAUUGUCCAUCAUAUAUUCAUAUAGAUGUAAGCUAUUA